AUGGAGGCAGUGCAAGGUAGCAUUCUAGGCCCCCAUUCAACUGCUUCCAAUGCAGCCGUUGUUGCAGCUGCUGUUGCUGCUGAAGCUCAGCAACAGCAGCUUGCGAGGGCACAGUUUUCACGUGUAGCGUCUCCUGCAACAGUAGAUCUCCGCGUGGCAAACGAACAGAGACCUGGAUCAGAACAGCAGCGAAUGAGCGCGACUCCAGGAGCUGAUCAACAGGCACAGAAUUCGAUUAAAUUGCUGACAAAAGAUUUUGAAAAAGCAGAACAGCUUAGGAGAGAAAAAUUACUGUUAGCUAAGCAGACGAUGGAUAUGUACGAGAAAAAGAUAGCUGAUGGAAAACGUUAUCAGUAUUUGGAACAGCAGAUGCGCAACUUGGAAGAUGAAGAACAGACAUUACUUGCUAAUAGAAAUGAACUGCGAAAGCAGGAGAUAAGAAUUGUCAAUCAUGAACGUGUUGCGCCGCAGUUUUAUCACAAGAAUCCCGAAUUAAGAUCUACAGUUACUGAAGCAAUUAGGAAAAUUGAAGAAAAAAUGAGUGCUAUUAAGCACGUGAAAAGAUCUCUUGAAGAAAGCAUGCGGAAAUUAGUUAAUAGCGCUGGACCGUCUGGUGUGAUAGUGCGUGGAGGAGCAGAAGAACGUUCUGUUGGACUGGUAAGCAAAGGAGCCAUGAAAGAAUUCCCGGCUUCUGUUGCCAAACAAGAGGUAUCUGUACCUUCCGUACCUUCGCCUCUCGCGGCCGCCACACUAAUUGGUAUUAACCGAUCCGUGAAUGACUCUACACUUGUGCACAAGAAGGAAACCCCAGCUAUUCACCAGCAGCAACAGUCUCAAGCGCAGCUUUACAUGGCACAACUGGCCCAGCGUGUAAAGCCCGCUGACCCAGGUGCCCCUUCUCUGACUUUGGGUAGAUCAGCGGCUCAAUUUCGGUCCGACCAACCAUACAAGGACGAAUUGAAAUUGGAUACUGGUGUCUCCGAGCAGUCUCGUCAACAGGUUCAAACUACUGAGGAGGAACUUUCUAUGGCUGAUGUGAAGAGGAAAACUGGAUUAUACAAUGCUAUUCUUCCGUCAAAAGUUGAUACCCACCACUCUCCUGGAUUGAGGACGACAAGGGCGGGUCCUACUCGAGUUUCAGGGAUUCUCGGAAAAACGAAUAUUGAUGCCGAUAAUCGCCAGCUCAAUCCAUCGGAAGAGCAGGCGUUACAUAAACAAUUAACGGCAAAUAUUUCUUCACCUUCACCCCACUUAAGUGGUCUGUCUUGUCCCAAACAGCAGCCUUCAGGAAAUACAUCGCCACCACCGCAGUUUGCUCAUUUGCCGUCCGCCGUUGCAUCAUUCCAGCAACAGGCGCUUAGGCAAUCUCAGUCUCCUCAAAUAAUCUCUGCUUCUCAAGCUUCGCAGUCUCCAGCACCAAAAUUACCAACAAGUUCUGUAGGCGCAAUGUUUGGCUCACCAGUCCCCGUUAACGUUUCAGCAGCCAUAAUGUCUCCUAGGGCUACUCUUUCGAUAAAUCCAAACACCUCCACUUCGCGACCCUCCACCCAUCCAUCUCCUCAGUCUUCCGGUGCAUUUUCAAUGUCGACGCCUGGUUCUUCUCCGUUUCAAAUGUCUCCAUCACUAGGCAGUAUGUCUCCAAGUAUUAGUGCGUCACCGCAUGCCGCAUUUGGAACACCGUUCCAAGUUCCUGCCUUUGUCCCUACCCAACAGCUUAAUAUACCUAAUGUUUUAUUUCCAUCAGCGGCUACUUCACCGGCAAUGGGGAACGAGACUUCUCUAAAGUCUCAAAAAUCGUCUGAGAAGACUGAGAAGCCGUUACCGGUUGGCACGUGUGCUUCUUCUUUCUCCCCAGCGACUAGUGACCCAACACGAAGUGUUGGAAAUGUCACUUCUGCCCUUGAGGAAAUGUCAUCGGAGUCUUCAAGUGGGAAUGCUGCUACUACUACGCAAGCUGAGGCCACUCCAUCUUAUUCAAAUGAUUAUGAACCGUUGUCUCCUGAUGCAGUUGACUCUUCUCCACAGAAUACUGGAUAUUCUUCGUCGCAGACAGGUACUCCUGAACAAAAUGGGAUGAGAUUAUUUUCUAUGUUGAAUCUCCCUGAAAGCGGUUCGAGCUCAUCUACAUCCGCACGACAAGGACUUUCGGAAUUUGAAGAGUCUCCUAGAGAAUAUGAACAGGUACUUCCAGCCUCAACACCUGCAAUACAGCAGCCUUCUGCGACCGUACAACCUGCACAGUCUGGAGCAGAAAACUACUUUGAACCCCUUUCUGAUGAUGAAUGA